UUCUGUUAGCCUAUAAUGAAGACGGAUUUGAAAAAGGAUAGUGAAAUUGUUUUUCAAUUUCCGCUAAACAACAAUUUAUAUUCUUUGAAUUAAUAUCAUCUCAAUUUAUCGAACAAUCGAUAAAUUUCUAAUGUAUUUUAGUAACAUUAUUCAUCGUUUAACGUGUCGCAAAAGAACAUGGACCUCGGACAAAAAGUAUACAAUAUUACGCCAUCUUCGUACAAAGAGGAGAGUAGAAGAGAGUCGACCAGGUCCAUAGAGCCAACCAUGUGGUUCAAUUUAGUUGUUGAUCUUACCAAAAAAUCUGAUAUAAUGCUUUCAUAUUAAUUUAAUACAUGAUAUCCCUAUUUUCAUCUUAUGAAACGAUAAAGAGCAACAUUUCUACUAAUUGCUAAUCGUUUUAAUUUGGACGUACAAUAUAGACUAGUGUAAGCGAAUAUGCAGUACCGGCAUUUUUUCAUGCAGUUGCAAUUACUAUUCACAUUUUUGAGAGCUUAAAUAAACAUACAUUACUUAAAAAUCGAGAAAUUCGUAAAACUCUUCGAUCAAGAAAUUUCUCGGCAUCGAAUUUCAUCUAAUUGCAUCUUAUGUAAUAUUCGUCAUUUGAUUAUUUCGUUUCUCGGAUUUUUUUUUAUACAAUGAGCUUGAUGAAUGUCUGAGCCGCGUGUAGUGCACAUAAAAUAGAAUUUUGAGAACAUCAUGCGCGUCAACGUAGCGCAUGGAAAAAUUGGGUCGAUGCGCGGAAGAUGGCGACCACUGCGUGAUAUGUGUGAAAAAGAUUAUUGUAGAUGCAUAGAUUUUGCCCGCAACUUUUUUACCAAAACAUGACGAAAUAUAGAAAAGUGUGUUUGCACGUGUAUGCCGCUGCUAUACACGGACGAUUCCCAAUGUCAAUGAAUACUCAGAUUCCAUGCUUUCUGUGCGCGUAAAAGACGUUUGUUUACGAUAAAGUUUGUACAACAUAACUCGGGUGUGAAGUGGAGUAAGGGAAAAAAGGACCCUAAUACAGACGAGAACUGAAGAUAAAGAGUUACUGGACUUCGGCCCGGUGAAUAGAUCAGUAGAGAUGCUGAAGCAAUUGCAGAUGGGGAUGAGAGCUUUCCUCUUGAUGGCCUCCCGUGUGUGGACAUGCGUCUUCUUUCUCCUCAAGAAGCAGAUUAGAGCCAUAUCACAGAUGCAACCUGUUAAAUAUGAGAUCUUCCCAUUAUCUCCAUUGUCAAAGCAUAGACUUAGUAUAGUUAAGAGAAAAGUAUUAGUGUUGGAUUUAGAUGAAACAUUAAUUCAUUCUCAUCAUGAUGGAGUAGCAAGGCCAACAGUUCGGUUUGACACACCUCCUGAUUUUAUUCUUAAGGUGAAGAUAGACAGGCAUCCAGUUAGAUUUUUCGUUCACAAGAGACCACAUGUAGAUUUCUUUUUAGAUAUCGUUAGUCAGUGGUACGAGCUAGUGGUCUUCACUGCUUCCAUGGAAAUUUAUGGAGCAGCUGUCGCAGAGAAGUUAGAUAACAACAGAGGUAUUCUAAGAAGAAGAUACUACAGGCAACAUUGUACGCCAGAAAUGGGUUCCUACACUAAAGAUCUGUCUGCAAUUUGUUCAGAUCUAGCAUCAGUCUUUAUACUUGAUAAUAGUCCUGGAGCCUACAGAGCUUAUCCUCAUAAUGCGAUACCAAUAAAAUCAUGGUUUAGCGACGCGGGAGAUACUGCUCUGUUAAAUUUACUUCCAGUUUUGGACGCGCUUCGUUUUACACAAGACGUAAGGUCCGUUCUUUCAAGGAAUUUACAUUUACAUCAUACGUGGUAGCAUAGCUUAAAUUAAUUGAUAAAUUAGGUUUAUUAGGAAUCGAGCUGCAAAAUCAUUUAGUGUGUUUAAUUUAGGAUUAAUAUUGUUACUGGUAAUAGACAUUAGGAUGUUGUCUAAAUGAUCAGACGACGAUUCCUUCAAUUAUUUGUUCUCAUUUUUUACACUCGUUGAAAAAAAAACAAAAAAAAAACAAAACCGUAGCGAGUAAGUUUAAAAAAGGGGAAUGGGACCUUGAACCAAACUAUAGACAUCAGCACAAACAUACCCUGGACUAUUUUCAUUAUAUUCAUGUGUGCGCAAUAAUAUAUACAUAUAUAAACACACGUAUGUAAUGUUUUCUUAAAAAUAUGUAUUUGCCAAAGAUUGUGAUUUUGAGAGGUAACAUAGAUUUAUAUAUUCCAUUCUAGAUCAUUUUGUUCUAAGAAAUAUUCUUACAAAACGAUUUAAGUAUUUUGCCACACAUGAUAAAAACAAGUGUUAUAUGCUUUAAAGCAGUUGUUUGUGUUAUAUAUGUACACACGGACACACACGAACACGUACACACACACAUACACGAAUAAAUGAUUAAACAUAAUGUGUAGUGUAAAGAAAAGGAAAAGAUACACUAAGUCACGUUUUAAAUAGACAGUGCUGUACCUCACUGUAUCAGUGAGGCAGCUAUCCUGAAUAUAUCUAAUAAUAAAGAAAAGUAUUAAAGAA